AACCUGUCAUUAUUCUUGUCAAACCAUUUUGAUAGACGUGUUUAGAAGCAAAAACCGAAAAGAAAAUUUAAUUAUCCACCAUUCUAUACAACAACUUUAUGCAACACUUUUUAGGUAUUUUCAAGGCACAGCGAAACGGAGUUGAGUAAAUGUUCUGUAUGACAAAGUGAGGAUAGAUGAAAGUGUUUGUGUGUUUGUUGCUGACGGUUGUGUCAGUGUGGGGUUUCCCAGAGCUGAGAAGUGAGGGGAGUCAACCGCUGCAGCUAAGCGCUAGAACGCUGCAGACGUUGGAGCCAUUGAAACAAAAGCCAGUGCAGAGAGACUGCAACAAGGGGAAGUGUGCGUCUUCAAUAGCGCAGAAAGCGGCUGCUGAAGCGAAGGCAGCGCAAGCAGCACAAAACGCGGCUGGGGCACAGGCUGCUCAUAUGGUUAAAACCCAACUAGCAGAGAAGGCAUUGCAGGCUGCAAAGGCAGCAGAAGCAGCUUUGGCUGGCAAGCAGGCCGUCGUCGAGCAACUACAACAAGAAGUGAAGGAGGCAGAGGCGGUCGUUAACGAAAACUCUCAGUCGUCCCAUUCUCAAGAAGCAACGAUCAGCGCAGCGGUGGUCGCGGCCCAGCAGGCGACGGCACUCCGCAAGAUUACCUGUCAAGCUACCCAGUUCGCAAUUCGCCUAGAGAAGCAGACUCACUGCUUACUCGGCAAGAUCAGACAGGGACAGAAGAACGGGCACACACAAGACGCUAGAGCGAGACUGGCGCAGUUGCAGCACAAGCUGCGGUGCGCAUGCGCAGACUACAUGGCGACCAAGCAGGCGGCGCAUGCAGCAUGCGAAGCUGCAAGGGCCGCAUGUAGCAACGCCAGGAGAAAGAAAUCACUCAAAAGACGAUCGGCAGACUUACGUAAAAAGAAAAUGCAGAAGAAAAGGAUGAGCCUGAUUUCAGAGAGAAAUGUCAGGAAAAGAGAUUCUCUUCAAAGAAGAAAAAAAAAGCAUCAGAAAAUAGUGAAUUUAAUUUCUGGCAAUGGCAGGAAAAAUAAAUCUCUCAGAAGACGGCGGCGGUCGGUAGACUUAAACAAAAAGGAAGUAAAGGAGGAAAUUAUGAAUCUAAUUUUAAGGAAUUAUCAUCUAAGACAACGCAGAAAGAGGAUUUAGUGACUUCGUGUUCCGUCUAGAUGUAAGCAGCUGUAGUGAAUUGGGUUCCGGUGUUUUGAAACAAGAUUAUAUAAGAAAUUUGUGAUUAAUUAUACUAUAGUUUGUGAUAUACCUAGUGAAAGUUACUAAGCGUUUUUGAUAGGUCAUUAUUUGUAAGCAUCUGAUAAUAUAGUUUUAUUUUAAUAACAAA